AUGGAGAAAGAUGGUGUAGAGUUAGGAAUCCGAAAGCUCCGGUGGAUGAAGGGGAAGGUGAUGGUGCCCUUUGAUGAGGAAGGGAAUCCCCGUCUCCUCGAGGUGUCGGUGAUGAUGGAGAUGGCUGGAGGAUGGAACAUAGGAGAUGACGAUAGGAAUCCCUUUUUGUCUCUCCUCCUCCCAUGGAUAGUCAGCCCAAAGAAAGGCAUCUACUAUUGUGUGAUAUAUUUGAAUCCUGGAGACUAUCAUCGUGUCCACUCGCCAGUUGACUGGAAGAUUCUUUCACGUCGUCAUUUCUCAGGCCAUCUGUAUCCUACAAAUGAACGAGCUAUACGCACAAUCAGAAACUUGCACAUUGAGAAUGAAAGGGUUGUUCUUGAAGGUCAAUGGAAUGAAGGCUUUCUAGCAAUUGCUGCAAUAGGUGCUACAAAUGUUGGAUCAAUCAAACUCCUUAUUGAACCAGAGUUGAGGACAAACCAGCCAAAGACAAAGUUGUUUCCAUCAAGCUCACCAGAUGAGCGAGUAUAUGACCCUCCAGGAGUCGGCUUGACGGUCAAGAAAGGGGAAGAGAUAGCAGCAUUCAAUAUGGGUUCAACUGUGAUACUUGUUUUUCAAGCUCCAGUAUCAGAAUUAUCAGAAAGCAACUGCAUUUCAGAUUUUAAGUUUUCUGUUAGGGUUGGGGACAGGAUCAGGGUUGGAGAAGCUAUUGGGAGGUGGGGAAAUUGUUAGUGCAGUUAAUCUGUACGAAACUCUCUUGGGCUCACCAGUUAUAUUUCUUUCUGGUAUGAUAUUUAACGUAAUUUUUUUGAGGGGAAAUUGGAGUCGGAAGAUCAUUUGAAACAGAUUUUUAAUCAUAUUUGGUUUUAAUCAUUUGAAAUCAUCUAAUCAUCUAAUCAUACAUGUGCCUAAAGUAAGCUUGUAAUCAUCUAAUCAUAUUUUAACAUUAAAUUUUUAUUAGAAUUUAAAAUUGUAUAUGAUGGUUAUAUUUGUAUUUGACUCCUUGAUUUUGUUUACUUUGAAUAUUUAUUUGGUUA